AUGGCACAUACUGAAAGUUACGGGCAGACAGCAGCCCGCACAGAACCAUAUGGAGCACCGCAACAGACAUCAUCGGCUUAUGACGAAUCGGUUCCGUACAAAAGAUUAAUCAGGAAGCGGCGAAAUUCAACCAGUGCACAGCUGUCUUGUAAUGCACCAGUUGCAGCAAAUCAGCAACGUUCUGUUCGAAGUUCCCUUCGAAAUGUGGUACCGCCCUAUUCAUCUUCAGUCCAUGUAGCUGAUGUUGAUCUUCCGGAACAAAGCUUGACGGUAUUCGGCAUCGAAGAUGGACCGCCACCAAGUAUUUAUUUUUUUGAAAUUUUCUUCCCGAACUGA